AAAAACAUUAGAAUAUCAGGUGUUAGUUAAAUAUAGAAAGAAAAAGAGAGAAUUAACUAGAAGUGGUACUCUGAAAACAUGAAUUGUCACCUAAAUUGUCAACACCCUCACAUGGCAUUUCCCUCUUAAAGAUGUGGCAUCAAAUGUUUCAUGUUGGAAAAUAACAUACUAUACCCUCUUUUGGUGAUUGCCUGAUUGAUGAAAACUGUUUUUCAUUCCAUUUCUAGUAUUAGUGAAAUUAAAGAGCAAAGCAAAGCAAUCACCAAAAACUUGUGGGGGUGCUGCUGUGUACAGCCACUUGUAGAAGAUUCAAGAUCAUUUCUACUUUGGUAUAUUUAGUUUCUUCCUCUCAAAUCAAAGACAACAAUUUUUAGUUCACUUUCGGCUAUAAAGACACAUUAUGCACUCUUUUCUCUUUACUGUACUCUAUAAAAAUUAGGUACUUGCCUUAUUGCACUUGCAUCUUCCAACUGUUAUAGCCUAUCUCUAAAAAUGGCUACUGAGAAAGCCAAUGCUGAUGAGACCCAGAGUUACGAUACCGAAGAUAAUUUCGGAGAUCGAUCAACAGCUAGCCAGGAAUCAACUAAGUUUCAACUCAGUAAAGCACUUGCACGUAGGGCAGUUUAUGGUCCAAGCAGCCGCCGCGGCUCCGGAAACAGAAGGGUCCAAACCAAUGCCGACCCUAGAACAUUACCAAGCAGGCUGAGCAAGGUUUCAUUGGCUGAUGAUGAUUCUGAGAAGUAGCCUACCAUGUUUGAUUGAUGUUAAUUAAGGACUUUUUUAUGUUUUUUGUUUUAUCAUUACAUGGCUUGUUAUGAUUCAUGAAAGCAUGGUAUCUGGUACUUGGAAAAAAAGAUGGUGUACAUAAAGCAUAAACAACAGAAAUAUAUAAAUAUGGUGGGUCGUAUCUCGUGUCUCCCAUAUGAAAGUUGAAAAGAUUGCCUUAGCAUUAGGGCAAACUUGGAAAAUACAAAAAAAAGAAAAAGAAAAAAGAAAAAAAAAGCACCAAUUAUGAAGCAAGGCAUCUAUCUAAUCUGAUUCUGAUCAAUGAUCAUCACGCUUUUGGGCCUAAACUUCCGUAAUUGUUUAUUAAUUAUGACAGAAAGUUGCAGUACUGAAACAUUUUCCAAUAAUCAGAGCAAAAAGGAAGACAGUCCCAAGGUUUUGAAGCGCCAAAAUCGAGGUUGCAUCGCAACUUCACACAUUUCUUUUAAUUUUUCUGAUUAACCUCAUAAUUUGUUUUUUUUCCUUUCUUUUGGAAUAAAUCUCUGAAACAAAAAGGAAGGAAUCAUCCGGGACAAAAUCCCACGUCAUAAUACAACAAAGAAGAAAAUUUCAAAUUUGUUCUUAAAAAACUGUUUCUCUUCUUCAUUUUCGUUUCACCCAAAGAAGCACCAGCUCCCCAAACCCUAACACCAUUCUUUCUUUUUGGUUUCCUUUUGUGUUGCGAUCGUGAUGGAGAGUUACGGAUCGGGUCAAAGGCCGUACGGGGCGGAUCGAAGGAUGGAGAUAAUUAGCGGGAAGAACACGAGCGUUGGAUCCAAUCAGAUCAACUCUACUACUCGUUCGCGUUCCCCUGAUUUACCACCCGUUCCGACUCGGACGAGUCAAGGAUCAUCAAAGCCAUGGGGAUUUACGGAUCCCGAGAUGAAGAGGAAGAAGAGGAUCGCGAAAUACAAGGUCUACACAGUGGAAGGGAAAAUGAAAGCUUCAUUGAGUAAAGGUCUUCGUUGGAUCAAGAACAAAUGCUCGCAGAUCGUCCAUGGUUAUUAAAAAAGGCGGCGAAAAUCAACGGCUCAGAUUGUGUAACGUCGGAUUGAGAGUUGGACCCGAUGAAAUCGAUGGUUUUGGACAUUUUUGGGCAGAAAGAAAAAACUGGGUAAGUAAAAGACUAAUAGGUGGGACAUUAUAUAAAUUUUUUUAGAAUAAGAUUUAUUUAUUUUUCUUUUACUUUAAUUCUUGCUAAAGCAUUGGAGAAUAGGGUUUAAUUUAUGAAAAAUUUGGUAGCUGUUAAAAAUGUUUAAA